CAUCAUCAUCAUCAGUCAUCAACUCAUAUGUGGAGACUAAUGCGAGUCAGUCAGGGAAGUAGUAGCAUAACAGUUGCGUUUGCUAGCAAAACCCCAAUAGUCAUGUCGAGCAAACAGUAAUGAGCUCAGUGAGAGUUACCGAUAAUAACAUAUGCGAUGCGUAAAGUGAAAAUAGGUCAGGGGGAGACGUGAAGACCGACGGAAUGGCAGUUAACGGGGCGAAAAGCGAGGCAGCGGUACUUGUGUUGACAGCUAGCGGAGGGUCUGUAGCGUAACAUCAGCUAGCCAACGGCGCGUUAACGACACCGAGGUGGACUGUGUGUAGGACUUCAGAGACACGCAGAAGAGGACAGACAGAUCUGUGUUGUUUUGGAAAACUGAAGCAGCUACAGGACAUCAGAAGACAGAAAGCAGAGUGGAUGUUUGUUUUGAGCAGCACAUGGCUUGCAUUCUGCUGACAGACAUGGACCCACCCAUCUCCAGUUCCAUAGCACAUCUUAAUGGCUGCCUCGCUGACCUCGACCUAGCCACAGGACCCGACCCCAAGCAGGACACGGAUGCCACCUGCCUCACUGUCCACCUUUACUACCUGGGGAAGGACCAAGGAAGGGGUGGUUCAGAAAAUAGUUCAGAAAGUGCGCUCACAUUUCCACCUGGGGAGUACGUAGCAGAGGAACUGUGCAUCAGUGCAGCGAAAGCAUGUGGGAUUGCUCCAGUGUACUGCAGCUUGUUUGGCCUAAUGAGGGAAAAUGACAGAAUAUGGUUUCCUCCUAAUCACAUCUUUAAACUGCACCAGCCAGCCAGUGAGAGACUGCACUUCAGAAUCAGAUACUAUUUCCCUGGCUGGUAUAACAGCGCUAAUUCAUCAUAUGCCCAUCGCUAUGGCGUAUCCAAGGGGACAGAGAGCCCUGUGAUGGAUGAUUGCGUAAUGGCGUACCAGUUUUUUCAGUGGCGUAGUGACUUCCUGAAUGGCUGGGUUCAUAUUCCGGUGAGUCACGAGGCCCAGGAGGAGUGUCUGGGCAUGGCGGUGCUGGACAUGAUGAGGCUCGCCAAAGAGAGUGGUCAGUCACCUGUUGAAAUCUACAAUGACACCAGCUACAAAUCCUUCCUGCCGAAAUGCACGCGAAACCGCAUCCAGGAAUAUAAUAUUUUGACUCGGAAAAGGAUCCGCUAUCGCUUCAGGAAGUUCAUCCAGCAGUUCAGUGAAUGCAAAGCCACGGUGUGCAACCUCAAGCUCAAAUAUCUGAUGAGCCUGGAGAUGCUGCUCCCCUCCAUUUACUCUGAGCGAUUCCAAGUCACCGACCUCUCCGCGCGUGAGGUUACCAUCGUUGUCAUGGGCAACACAGGCAUCCAAUGGUCAAAAGGGAAAGAGGAGGAGGGAGCAGAAGAGGAGCUGCAGACAUACUGUGACUUCCCAGAGGUGAUCGACAUCAGCAUCAAACAGGCCAAUAAGGAGGGCUCUGUGGAGAGCCGCAUAGUUACCCUCACCCGACAGGACAACCAGACCCUGGAACUGGAGUUUCGUUCGCUCUCAGAGGCUGUGUCUUUCGUAUCGUUAGUGGAUGGGUAUUACAGACUGGUUGCAGAUGCCCAUCAUUUUCUGUGUAAAGAGGUGGCUCCACCAAGACUUCUGGAGUGCAUCCAGAGCUACUGCCACGGCCCGGUGUCGAUGGAGUUUACGAUCAGUAAGCUACGUCGCUGUGGAAACCACCAAGGCUUGUACAUCCUUCGCUGCAGCCCCAGGGACUACAACAAAUUCUUCAUGUCCUUUGUGGUGGGGUAUGAAACUAUGGUGGACUAUAAACACUGUCAGAUUGUGAAGACAGAGUCAGGAGAGUACAUUCUGAGUGGUGCAAAGAGGAGCUUCGGCUCACUUAGGGAACUUCUGCACUGCUACCAAAAGGAGGCGCUUCGAACUGAUGGAUACACGUUUCAGUUGACCAGGUGCUGCUCACCCAGUCUCAAAGAUAAAUCCAACCUGGUGGUGUGUAGAAAUAAUCAAGGGGCAGAUGUUCCAGUGUCUCCAUCGCUCCACAAACACAACAUCAGCCAGAUGGUCUUCCACAAGAUCCGAAAAGAGGACCUUGUCAUCAAAGAGAGUCUCGGCCAAGGAACCUUAACCAAGAUCUUCUGCGGUGUGAGGAAAGAGCUGGGAGACUAUGGCGAGGUGCACCAAAUGGACGUCGUUAUCAAGAUCCUGGACAAGGCUCACCGCAACUAUUCAGAGUCCUUCUUUGAAGCAGCCAGUAUGAUGAGCCAGCUGUCCCACAAGCACUUGCUCCUCAACUAUGGUGUGUGUGUUUGUGGCAAUGAGAACAUGAUGGUGCAGGAGUAUGGUAAAUUUGGUUCACUGGACACCUACCUGAAAAAGAAUAAAAGCUGUGUUAACAUCACCUGGAAGCUCGAAGUAGCCAAGCAGCUUUCCUGGGCCAUGCACUACCUGGAAGAUAAGAACCUCAUUCAUGGAAAUGUUUGUGCAAAGAAUGUGCUUCUGAUCAGAGAGGAGGACCGGAUGACGGGCAGCCUGCCCUUUAUCAAACUCAGUGACCCGGGGAUCAGCAUCACCGUGCUGCCCAAAGAAGUUCUGGUGGAGCGUAUCCCAUGGGUGCCCCCUGAGUGCAUUGAAAACCCCCAAAAUCUGAGUUUGGCCACAGACAAGUGGGGCUUUGGGACAACGCUUUGGGAGAUCUGCAGUGGUGGCGACAAACCUCUCAGCACCCUGGACUGCUCCAAGAAACACUUGUUCUAUGAGGACAGGCACCAGCUGCCAGCUCCUAAAUGGACAGAGCUGGCCAAUCUGAUUAACAGCUGUAUGGACUACGAGCCCUCGCACCGACCCUCCUUCAGAGCAGUUAUCAGAGAUCUCAACAGCCUCUUUACACCAGACUACGAGCUCCUGGUGGAGAGUGACAUGGUGCCCAACAGGACAAGAGGCUUCGGCUUCCCAUGGGCCUCUGAAAACCAGGAGCCCGCCCAGUUUGAGGAGAGGCACCUCAUCUUUCUCAAGCAGCUGGGCAAAGGAAACUUUGGUAGCGUGGAGAUGUGCAGGUACGACCCCCUGCAGGACAGCACAGGGGAGGUGGUGGCUGUGAAGAAACUACAGCACAGCACAGCCGAGCACCUCAGGGACUUUGAACGGGAAAUCGAGAUCCUCAAAUCCCUCCAGCAUGAAAACAUUGUCAAAUACAAAGGAGUCUGCUACAGUGCAGGACGGAGGAACCUACGGCUGAUCAUGGAGUAUCUCCCCUACGGCAGCUUGAGAGAUUAUCUCAUCAAACACAAGGACCGCUUUGAUUUCAACAAACUGCUCCAUUAUGCGUCACAGAUCUGCAAGGGUAUGGACUAUCUUGCCACUAAGCGAUAUAUCCACAGAGACCUGGCUACCAGGAACAUUUUGGUGGAAAGCGAGACAAGGGUGAAGAUUGGUGAUUUUGGCCUGACCAAGGUGCUGCCACAGGACAAAGAGUACUACACUGUCAGAGAGCCCGGGGAAAGCCCCAUCUUUUGGUAUGCUCCAGAGUCGCUGACAGAGAGCAAGUUCUCUGUGGGAUCAGAUGUUUGGAGUUUCGGUGUCGUCCUCUAUGAACUCUUUACAUACAGUGACAAGAACUGCAGCCCACCCGCGGUGUUUAUGGACAAGAUGGGGAAUGAAAAGCAGGGCCAGAUGAUAGUCUACCAUCUGAUAGACCUGCUGAAACAGGGAUACAGGCUGCCUGCUCCUGAUAAUUGUCCAAAGGAGAUCUACAAGAUUAUGACAGACUGCUGGAACAGUGAGCCGAGGCUGCGCCCUACUUUCAAGACAUUAAUUCACAGUGUGGAGGCUGUGCGAGACAGCAAGGACGGAUGAGCGGCAUUGAUCCUUGAACCUCUGACCUUUAGGUGUUUUCUCCCGGGAGGGUCCGUUGUCACAGAUCUUUAAAGAACAAUGAAUGUCUCUGAGAUGCGUGGGUUUACUGCAGCGAUGCAGUCACUAGCCUCAAGUAUACUUGUUGUUUUUCUUUUGAUGAUCUGCAUGUCUGUCAGACUAUUUAACAUAAACUCAGAUUAGGAUGAUGAAUGGGGAUAUUCACUUUCUCAGCAGGAUACUCACUUCUUAAAGGAGCUCUAUAUGAUAUUCACAGCAUUAAUAUAGCAGCAAACCACUUUUUGCUAUGUUCACAUAUUGUGGAGUAAUGGCGUCCUGAGCAGUGAAAGUCACGCCGUACGUGUUUAUGCCACGGGCUAGCUUGUCUCCGCCACUCUGCACUGCGCUCAUACAGUGGUUACUGUUGAACUGCUGAUAUUAGGAUGGCAGCGCUGCGUUGUGUAACAAUAUUAACUCUGUCAGCACUGUGGCAGUUGUUAACACUCUAAAGGCCCUGACACACCAAACCAACAUCGGAGAACUAGUGGUGAUGAAAGCCCCCCUCUGCAUCGCCACAUGCCACCUGUGUCUUGGCCAAAAAAGUUGCACAUGACACAACACACUACAACUGUUGGCCAAUCAGCACCUAAGUUCAGCACCUGAGUGAAAGGAAACACCCCUCCAGACCAGCAGACCAGUAGGCCCGGUCGUUUGUUAUCAUCAUUCAAAAAGGGAGGCUGGAAGACCGUCCUGAGGCUACUUAGCCACUUAGCAAAUUAACACAAUCUAAUGCUGAAAGACCAAAGAGUAUUUUCUGUGUGGCAGUGAACAGAAACACAAACCACCACAAAGAGCUCAAUGGCUAAAGAAAAACAAUCUUACCUUAUAUAACAAGUUUGUUUCAACCUCACUCGCUCCUGACUUUAGCUCUUUGUUUACUCUCCUCACUUCCUCUUCUCGUGUGCUGAGCUGAACUGCCAGUCAAGGUGCUUUCAUUCACUGAAGUUCUCCAGAGUCUCCGUCUCACCCUGAAUCAGCAGAAAAAAAGCAGAUUAGCAUCAGCCAGGGCUAACAGUGCAGGGCGCACUACAGUGACUAGGGCGACGGAUUGACCAACAGACGAUUGCGGCUUGGCAGUUCAGGGCCUUUAACACUGUUUAUGCUGUAAGAACUAUUAACUGUUAUUCAUGUUAGGAGCUUUGAAUAUUGUAUAGAGCUCCUUUAAUAUGACAAAUAAGAAUUUCACGAUUAUUUAGUACACUACAUCUGACUCAGAUAACAAAGAAAAUAUACAUUGGAUGCCUUUUAUAAGAUGGAGAAAAUAGUGUCCUUCGAUAUGCGUACAUGUUGUUUUACAAUGUUAAAUUGACAACAGUCAUGGACUGGAGAAAUGAAUCUAAAAAAGAUUUUCUCCUAACUCCAGUCAAUGUUUGUUUAAUGUUUAAGCCUUAAAACCAAUAUUAAUACUAAAAAUGUUUAUAUGGUCAACAAUUAGCAUUUUGUUUGUGCUCAGUCAUUUAAUUUUGUACUUUUUAUUGUUACAAAAUGAGCGGUAAAUUCUUUUGUUUAACCAAAGAGGCAGUGGGAUUAUUAGCCAUCUAGCUGCAUACCUGACCUCACUGCACCGCUCACAAGUGGCUGAACAUUUAUGAAGAACUUGAACUGAGCAGGGAUCCUCCUCCUAACAUUCAGACAGACAUUUGCUGGAUAGUUUUAAGACUGAUAAGGGACUGACCAUUCAUGUAAAGCCCCAGUAGUACUUCUGCCACAAGGGGACCAAUAAUUAAAUUUCUACGGGUGGUUUCGAGUCACAUUCCUGCAGUUACAAUGAAUGUUUUACAGAUUUUCAUUGCACAUCGAUGACGAUUCUGUGUUUUCUGAGCAGAUGAAGCAACAGUAGAAGCACCCACAGUGCUUUUUUUUAGUGGCGUUAGUUUCCAAUGACUGCAUAUCUUUCCACAUUACAGAGGUCAGACUUGACACAUCACAUGUGUUUACAGAAUUUCAUACAAUGUGCAAACAUUCAAGUACAUUAAAGAAACAGCAAUAACUACUCAUACAGUAUUAUUGAACUUACGGUGUUGCCUUUGUAAUUAGUUUUGGGUAAAUAUUUUAUGAAAACAGUAUGAAAUUUUUAGUGUUAUAAGGCUAUACUAUCUGUUGAAUACCAAAUGUAAAAGUUUAUUUUUUUGAAGAGAAAAAAGUGAUGAAGGGAAAAGUUUUUUUUUUCUACAGUAGCUUGUCAUUGCUACUGAUGAUUUUAUGCAAAUCGUCUUCAACUUUGUUCAUGUUAUUAUUUUUCUGCUCAUUUACAGUUGUUGAAGUGCUUGUGUAUAUGUCAAUAAUGUACAUGUGUAUGUGUUUUGAUGUGCAUUACAUCGACGGCAGUGGAUCAGUGGUCACAAGAGGAUUUAUUUUUUAAUGUACCAAAUGUUAUUGACUGAAAGUCAUUUCCUCUCACCAGUUCAAACCAAAGACUAUAAAAAUAAUGAACGUAGCCACUGUGAAGGACCCACUGGUUUAUGGACGUCUGUUCUGAAGGUCUCGUCUUGGACUUGACCACAUUUUUUUUUUUUUUAGUCUAAGACGGACAAUUUGUGAUUUUAUGACCAGUCAAAAGCACAGCUGUGAGGGUUUCAUUAAAUAAAGGAAUAAAGAAGGUCAAGUUGA